AUGAGAGCGAUCAACAAGGAUAUUUGUCAUUUCUUAACACCUCGCAUUUUUCGACAAGUGCGGUUCAGAGAUACCUGGAAGAGUGCUGCAGCAUUCGAGGAGUUGCCACUAUGUCAAGAUCCGGCUCAGCAUAUGAAGGAAAUUAGUUUCCAGUCUAUAGACGCAGAUGAUGAAGGAGAAGAGGUUUAUAUUGCAGAAUUACAACCGGAUGGUGACUCCUUCGAGGAUAUGCCACAGGAACGGGAUCGGCCUUUAACGGCCGUCGAGGAGCAAUCUCACUCGGCUUUUUCCAAUCUUAACAUGCUCCCGAAUCUCAAAUCUCUAGCACUGACAUUCGACCCAAAUUUGGAGUACAUACCAAACCUACGUCGCCAAACCAUCAUUUUUGAGGCCAUUGCACACCAAUACCUACGCUCUCUCGAAUCCAUCAUCAUCAAUAACUUUAUGGCUGUAUUCGCCCCGGUUUACAAAAGCCCUUCCUUCCUUGCCCUCUUCAACUCAGUGUCACAUCUGCGCCUCAUGAUCUUGCCUCAGACUGAUGGUGCGGUGGACAAUCGCACUGAUUUCUGGCUCCAGAUAAUCCAACGUCAAAUUCUCAAGCCACGUGCAUCCCUCCCCCAGUCCUUGGUAUCACUCACAUUCCAUGGCCAAGCUUUCGACUCCGCGGAUCCCGUUGGCUUCGAUUCUUCGUUCAGCUUCCGCUCGCUCAAAUUUUCUUUCCUCACAUUUUUGUCAUUGAAGUAUUUUUUGUUCGGUGAGAAAGCCUCUGACGGAGUCGAUUUUAUCAUCCGACACAAGGAGACACUUAGGACCCUCGAGCUCAAAUCGUGCAUAAUCCUGCUGCCCUCGGCAGGACCGCGACGCUUCUGGUCGCGCGUCUGGACAUGUUUCUCGAAGGAGCUGCAAGCUUUGACGUCGCUGCAUGUAGAAGAGGAAAAAAAUCAUGUGAGGUAUGGCAUUGACGACGGCGUGCUAUUCGAGCCCUUCACUUACGGGGAAGAGUUCGAGGAUCUCAUAGAGCUCCCUGAUCAGAAGGAGGACGAUCGGGCUCUUCACUUUUUUCUCAAACUGCUUCCCCAAACGUUAUAUUUUGAUGUGAUUGUUGACUCGCGUUCUAGUACGGUUCAGAAAUACAUUCGAGAGCAUCGCAAAAUUCAACGAGAUAUCUCAAUGCCGAAAUCUGGCGCCAUUUGUAAAGGAAGUCCGUUCUCGAAUAGCGGGUACAUCUUGGGAUGGGUACCUCUUAUGAACAGCGAUCGAAAGAUGGGCUUAUUCGAGCCUAUAACAGCUAUGGAAACGCAACUGGCCCUUGCCUUCCUUGAUAUUGACACCUUCCAGAACCUUAGAGCUCUGUUCAUAGUGUUUCCUCCAGUGGAGGAUGAUUACUUGUCAAAUCUACGGCGACAACUUUUUGUUUUUUCUGUGUUAUACGGUGUCGAACUGCAUUCGCUCAAAUUACUCACAAUCAACAACUACAUUGUCUUACUAGCCCAACACUACUGGGACCUUGACUUCUAUUGCCUGUUUAACUCAUUGUCACAUCUACACCCUAGUGUCUUGCCUCAGUGCGACGACGGACUGGAACACUAUGGCGACUUCUGGGUCGACGCGGUCCAGCUUCGGAUACUGCGGCAUGUCUCUCUUUCUCGAUGCCUAGCAUCCCUCUCGCUCCGUUCGGUAUCCAACAACUACGAUGAUCCCAUGGGUUCGCAAUCUCGUUUAGUUUUGAAAACAUUGGCAGCAUCCUUCUAUACUCUGGACUCUUGGACUCAAUUCGUGCCCACUUUUGUUACCUUCCACGGGACCGCUACGCUUCUGGUCGGGCAUCUGGAACUGCUCUGCCGAGGAACUGAAAGCAUUGACGUCCCUGUAUGGCAACCUGCUAUGAAAACACUCGUACACAAGCUCGGCGAUGUCGCGCGCAGACGCGACCACAGUGAUGCACUGGUCGACCAUAUGGUCCGGGCACGCGGAGAGGUAGAGCACGUUGUGGGCGGCGGUGCGGCAGCGGCGCCUGACACGGAUGAGGGCGGAGAGGUCGUGCGGGGCGACGUGCAUGUAGACGAGGCUGAGCGGGAUGGGGAACAUUUUGCGCAUGUUGCGGAGGAUUGA